UGCCAUUUUCAGCAACAGCAAAGAUCCUCUCCAGAAUCUGCAGGGACUCCACGGCCGAGUCGAGAGAAUCAAAACAACGACACAAGACAAAACCACAAGGGCCCAGGACCCCUUAUGUGGAUAUCAUGGAGCUUCAGCAAUAUGGGAUAGAGGGUGUGGAUGAUGAAGAUGAAUUUGAUGCAGCUACACAGUACAUGAUUGAGCAGAGUCUGCUGGAGCACAACAAAUGGAAGGAAGAAGGCAGGAGCUCUUGGCCUGACUUUGCAGACAGCAGCUCGAUCUUCACUGCUAUAAGACAAGGUAACGAGAAGCUCUUGAAGGAUCUGUGUGUCCAACAGAGAAACACAUUUUCACAGACAGACAGCAGAGGUUGGACCCCUCUCCAUGAAGCAGCAGCUCAGAGCAACCAAACCAUCCUUAAGCUCAUAUUCAGAGUUUCAGGCCAACACUCUGUGAAGAGUUGUACUCUUUGUGGUAAGACUCCACUCUUCCUGGCAGUUGAACGAGGUCUGAUAGAAAACGCCUCCUUCCUCCUCCAACAUGGAGCUCAACCGGACAGCCACGACCAUGACCAGGACACACCACUUGUCAUAGCAAUCCGUUCAGACCGAACUGACCUGGUGAAGCUGCUGCUCCACUAUGGCUCCUGGGUGAACCAGAAGGGCCGCUACGGUCGCUGUCCCCUCCACGAGGCCUCAGAGCUGGGCAAAUCAGCUCUGGUGACUCUGCUGCUGAAGGCUGGAGCACAGCCAGACCCUCGCAGCAACUUCGGCCUCACGCCGCUGGCACUGGCCGCUCAGGGAGGACACCUGGAGGUGAUGGAGAUUCUACUGAGUAGAGGUGCGGACAUCCUGUCCGAGGCAAAGGAUAAGGCAUCCAUCUUGUACGAGGCGACUUUGUCUGAAAAUCCAUCUGUUAUCCGUCUAUUGCUGGAAUAUGGCGCCGAUGCUAACGUCGGCACAAACACAAAACAUAUGCCGAUCCACAGUGUUGCACACCAAGGCAACCUGGAAGCUCUGAAGUUGCUGAUUCCAGUCACUUCUAUCGAAGAAGUAAAUAACAGCGGGAUAAGUCCUCUACACUCUGCUGCUGCAGGAGGACACCCACACUGCAUCAAGGCCUUGCUGGAUGCAGGUUAUGAUCCCAACUACAUGCUCCAUCCCUGGGUGCAACGAGGCUAUGACGACGAGAGGAAGUCUGUGCUCUUCUUCGCAGUCUCCAAUAAUGACGUGCCAUCAGCCAAACUGCUGCUGGAGGGCGGGGCCAUGGCCAACCAAGACCCAAUCAAAUGUCUUCAGGUUGCACUGCGUUUGGGAAACUAUGAGCUGAUUGACCUGUUGCUGACGUUUGGAGCCAACGUCAACUAUUACUGCAAAGUAAACACAACACACUUCCCUUCCGCCUUGCAGUACGCUUUCACAGACGAGGUGGUCCUCAGGAUGCUGUGUAACUAUGGUUAUGAUGUUGGGCGCUGCUUUGACUGUCCCUAUGGUAAUGACUCCCACAUCCCUAAAGGCUUCGAAGCAUGGACCAACUGCGUGAUCAAAGACAGCUUGUUCUGUGAGGUGAUCACUGUCUCCUGGCUGAAGAACCUCUCUGGUCAGGUUGUUCGCAUACUUUUGGACUACGUGGAUCAUGUCAACUUUUGCUCCAAGCUGAAGGCAGUUUUGAUGGAGCAGCAGCAGUGGCCCGACAUCUGCAAGCUGCAAGAGAACGUCCGUUGUCUGCAGCAUCUCUGUCGUCUGCGGAUCCGUCGUUGUCUUGGUCGCCGGCGUCUCCGGACACAUGUCUUCCCGAGCUUCCUGCCGUUGCCAGGUCGACUGAGGGACUACAUCCUGUACCGGGAGUACGACCUGUAUGGCCGGCAGAGCAACUGCACAGCAGCAAGUCAGGGACGCAGAAGUGAGAAGACAGACAAAAUUUGUUAAAGGGGCUAUAUAUGAAGUUUUUUAAAGAAAUCACUUUUCAAUUAAUCCCUUUUUACUGCUUAUUUGUAAACAGGUUGUAACCUCACAUAAAAAUUAACUACAUGCCUGAUUUCUUUGUCCCUUGAACAGCCACCGUUCUGCGUCCAAUGUGAAGAAAUCUAGUCGAAGUUCUGGCGUGCGUGCUCCCAAGCCUCUUGCCUACUGAUUCUGAACCGUACACACCGCGACAACACCGCAACUAAUGAAGUAGAGUCUGCUAACACCAAAAAACGACCAACACAAACUCCACGCAAGGAUAUAAACAACAUUAUAGUUUCAUGCGCUGAAGCCUGUCAGGCCAGCACUAAAUUUAGAACUGACAAAACCAACCCAGGGUUGGCUUUCAUCCUUUUGGAGAAGUAAACUAUCAUUCUUGCAAAGAAUGUGAAAUAUAUUGUGAUUUUGUCUUUUAGUUGGCUCAAGUUAGAUAACGUUAGCUUGCCGGCUAAAGUUGUCCGUUGCGAAAUAAUAUAUUUGUAUGGAUUUCCACGUUAUUUCACCAGCUGACGUGACCCAUAUUACUGUCCUGUGUACCACUGGUAUUAUGUCAGUGUUGAUUUCAGUCCGCAAGAACUGAUGUUAUGGUGCAAAGCAAAUGUGAAGCGGAUUGUUUUUUUAAAACCAAUAAUGAUGCGAGGCAGGGGCAGCCAGCUACAUUAGCAUGGAUCUGCCAUUGUUUGCUUUGUAACAUUCAAAUUAGAUUAAUGUUAUAAUACCAAUACUCAGGAACACAUAUUUUUUCAAGAAAAAUGUGUCUCGUGAGUGUUGAUAGGCUGUUAUUCACAACUUGUAACCAAUCAGACUACAGAGUGAUGAUUACAGACAGAGAGAAACAGCUAGCAAAGCCGUAGCACAUUUUCAAAAUAAAACCACGAAUAGAUCCUUACCGUGAGUUUGUGAUUCAUUGCAUCAUUGGUGAAGUAGCAUUGAUCUCUCUGAACCCCCCCUGCGGUCUAACUUUUAUAAAGUGUGGCAACAAUCUCAUUAUAAUAUUCAAGCUAGCGCGAUUACCAUUUUCAUUAUCAUCAAAUAAAUUUAGCUGUGUUCACAUUGCAAAGCCUCUCUGGUGGAAAAUGUACAAAAUGUAGAUAAUAUUAAUAGAAAAGCAGGCAAGCAAACUAACACUGAUGUGUCAUCACCAUAUGUUAGCUAAAUGUAGUCAAUGUAAUGUUCUCAUGUAACAAGCAUGGAUUAGUUCAUCCUCAAGCUGAUAAAAAUAUUACUGUAAAGUUGCAGUGGGAUUUUACCUGAGUUUCCAGCAUGUUGGGUGAAGCUGUCUCCGGUGUGAGCAUGCGCAUGAGCACACGCUUUGGAAAGUAGUGGAUGCAAUCUGAAACUGCAACGCUAGCGGCCACUGAACACUACAUAUAGCCCCUUAAAGUGUUGAAUAAAAGCCUUCAAUAUCA